AUGCCCCAGACCCUCGUAUGGACUGUGGUGCUGCCAGGCACUGCCUGGCACAUUUGCUUGGGGCUGCUGGGCUCACCCAAGGGUGCCAGGCAGGGACGGGUGGCUAGGCAAGCCGACGGCACUAGGGAUCCUAUCUGUGGGAAAAUCCUGGCACCGGAGGUCAAGGAGCCCUCACCGCCUCGGUGGGCAGCCAUGGGCUGCUGGAGGGGCCCCAGCACCGUGCUGGCCUGCCUGCUUCUCCUGCGCCCGCUGCCCUCGCCAGCCUGCCCCGCCGUCUGCCGCUGCUCCUCGGGGGAGGUGGACUGCAGCCAGCAUGCCCUCCGCGAGGUGCCGCAGAGCCUGCCGGCCAACACCAGCACCCUGUGGCUUGGCUACAACUUCAUCACCGUGCUGGGGCCACACUCCUUUCCUGCCCUGCAGGGGCUGCUGCUGCUCAGCCUGCCCCACAACCGCCUGGAGCUGAUCCACAGCCAGGCGCUGGUGGGGCUCGGGGUGCUGCAGGAGCUGGACCUCAGCAACAACUACCUAACUGUGCUGACGCCCGAAACCUUCCUGCCCCUCACCAGCCUGGCCAUGCUCAACCUGGGCAGCAACAGGCUGGGGGAGCUGGAGCCCGGGGUGCUGCAUGCCCUGCCCCAGCUCCAAGCCCUCUUCCUGCAGGACAACCCCUGGGUGUGCAGCUGCAGCAUCUGGCCCCUCUGGCACUGGCUCAGCCACAACAGCGAAAAAGUGCAAGAGAAGAGUUUGCUCCUGUGCAGAGUCCCAGAGCAGCUGAACAAGUACCCGAUCAUGGCCUUCGGGAAUGAGUCCUUCAGGCAAUGCCAGGAGAUCUCACUGUCUGCCCAGCAAUACAUUGUCUUCUUGAUCAUUGGACCCUUCUCCUUCAUGGUCAGCAUCUUCUACUGCACCUUCAUGGGCUCCAUCAUAGUCGUUUACCACAACGUGCGCAGGGCAUCCCGCUUCCAGAGGAGACCUCGCAUCUGCAAGGGACGCCGGGGCAGGGUGACCAGGCUUUAG